UAGAUUUAAAAGGAAGAAUAAUAAAAUUAAAAAAGAUUAUCUAGAAAGAUACAAUGCAUUGAUUGAAGUACAAACACAUUCAAUUCUCAUCGUAGGCAGAAGCACUUAUACUAGAAAAUUCAAGUGCAGCCAAGUGUUAAAAGAACUAUUGGCUAUGAACGCAACUUUAUAUAAACCUAUUUUUUAAAAGUUUUACUUAUUUUGAAAAUUCAUUCGUAACUAUACGGAUUGUUUGUUUUUUGAACGCAAUACUGUAGGUAGUCAGACCACUGAAGGUUUAAAUUUAACUCUACCAAAGAGGAAGUUACGCCCAUGUAGUAAGUCGUUAACACUAGGCUAAUGUUAUGAAAUCAGAGAGCACAUAUAGAGGUAUACUUGAAUGUGCAUAUUUUAAGCAAACAAUUAUGGAUUGAAUGGGGCUCAAAUAAAAUAAGACGAAAACGAGAAUAAGCAGAAACAGCAAGAUGGCUGCAACAUUAGAUGACAGCAUUUCUUACGGACUAAAAGAGACACUUAAUCAUGUGUUAAAACGGGAGGAGUUUCCAGUGAUCGUCCGAGUGUGCGAAGACUUCAUCAACACAACGAUGGAGGGACGCGCAGUGAUGCAUGGCGGCGAAGAGCUGCUUAUCACAGGACGGCAGACCGUGGAGCUUGGUCGCGUUCGUGUGUUGGACGUUUUGGAUGAAGAGGCGGCGCGGAAGGCUCACAAUGAUGACUUUGUUGCCGAGAGGGGAAUGUUCGUGGGGGAGGAGUAUCUACUUCCAAUCAAGGUCCCAUGCAAACUUAAGUUCGUGCAAAGGCCUGGAAAAAGACGCAGAUAUGCAACAGUGUCACAGUUAAUAGAGGACAUGCCACGACGCCUACGAGUAAACGAGGAUGUGAUGUCAGUUCCGCCCGGAGGUGCUGGUCACAACACCCUUGUUCCUCGGGGCACUUUGCUUAACCUCAAACGAGUGUUCACAUGCGAAGGCCAGCAGAAUCUCCAAUGCACGUUCGGAACUCAAAAUGUUUCUUUCAAAGAGUCCAUGCGAGUUAACUUUACCGCAGUUGACGACGACUCGGAAUACACUCUUGCGUACAUUCAGAAAUCGAACAUCCUUCCUUCAGUGUUUGAGUUUAUAUGUCCCAAGCAAAGCGAUGUUGUUCACUUUGAAAACGAUAUCGCUAGUUCCACAUUGACCACUGUAGAAGGACCACUGGAGCUUAUAGCCAUCAUCCAAGCCAAUGUUCUAGUCUGCUGGAAGCGAGAACAGAAGGUCAAAUCCUACAGCACGGUGAUUAUUCCCGUUUCACUUGGGAAUACCAUAGCAGUCCAACAAAGAAAGUUUGAUGAUGCCAAUUUCAAAGUAGGCUACAUUGACAAACGUUUCUGUGAUUGCUCGGGCUCGGACUUCAUCGAGACUGGAAUUUAUCUGAUUGAUCCAAAUCAGAUGGGUGUGGCAUACUUGAAAAGUCCGAAAUUCUAUGUCUAUGUUGGUGGAUGGCAACAGAUUCGUACUCCUAAAAAGGGGAUUAGAUACAACGUUUCUUCGGAUGAAGGCAGCGAGGAUGAUGGAGACGAUAAUUACAUGGAUAUCUGUCCGCCAAUACCAGAAAGAGUCCCAAUCCACGGUAUUCCCGAAAACCAGAUGCAGGACCAGAAGAAACGGAUUAAAAGAAAGAAAACGAUGUUUCAUAGUAUUCACGAAGAUAUAAGAAAGUUCUUCUUUAAAAAACAAGGCAUUAAAGACAAAAUACAUUUAAAUAAUGGUGCACAUGCUAAACAUCCAGCAGAAAAACACCCGACUGUUUUCAAACAUCGCUUGCCACCAGCUCUACCCACAGAGCGGGACAGCGACUCAGGGGAUGAGUAUGAUUAUCCGGACAUGGAUUGCGUAAUGGCUGAGAUACCAAAGCCAAAACCUCGGCCGAGACAACAGUUGCCUUCUGAUAAAACAAAUGGUGAUCAUUCAGACGACUCGGAUAGUCCAGGGGAUUAUGAGAUUCCGGAAUUACCGACUGAAAACACUCCUAAAAUUAGGCCGCGUCAACCUUCUCCUAGACCAAGGCGGACCAAAACUCAGAGGAAACCACCGCCACCUCCAAAAGCAGAAACACCACCAACACCAACAACAAAAGCAGACUUAGAUUGCACUCCUGUAAAUACAUUUGAAAAUAACGAAUUUGCAGAUAGUUCUCCCAAUGACCAACAAAAGCCCGAAUAUAUUAAAAUUUCAAAACGGGACAUGAUAAAUAUCUUACAAGCGGAUCAGACUGAGGAAGAUUUCUAUAAACUGACAGUUAUUCAGCUGUCGCAUUUGAUGUAUUACUGCAGUUUGAAACAUAUCGCUACGGUUUGUUACGAUCAAAGACUUGACGGCGAAUUCUUUCGUGGCAUGGACCUGGAAACCAUCUUGACGGAUGAGCCGUUCAAUGCCGUGAGCAUGCAUGUCACUAAAUUCAGACGUAUCAAGAGUGGAUGGAGACCUACAUUGGAAUAGAACAAUACAAUCUCUAGGUCCGGAUUAUCGGUUUGUGUAACAUUUGGCAUUACACCUACGGAUUAAACUUCUAUGGGGCGGUAGUCAUAAGACUUCUUAAGUCAUUUCCUAACUUAAGUCACUUUCCUAAUUUUAGUAUAUCGACCUUAUUGAAAAAACAUACUUCAAUAUUAAACACUUUUGCAUUUCUUUUAAGUUGACUUUAAAAACGAAAAGAAAUCGGCUUAAGAUAGGAAAUGACUUAAGAUGCUUCAUGAACACUGCCCCAGCUUUGGCAUUUACCACGAAUUUAUAAACUUCUUUGUUCAGAAUUUGCUAAGAAUUACUUUUCUGAUAUGGAAAAUAUACACAAUGCUGUUUUAAAUUUUACUUAACCUAGUUACAAUUCUUGUCGGGCAAAAGGAUUUGCCUGUCAAAAAUGUGGUAUAACAUGUGGUAUUAAAUGUGGUAUUAAAUGAAGUAUUAAAUGAGUUUUACAAAAUGACAAUAAGAUGGUUUAUCAACAAGACAAAAUUAAAUUUUGAGAAUUAUUAUAAAGGAUACUGGAAAUCAAGAAAAACUUUUCAUUUCAUUUGGAUACUUGAAUUGUGGUCCUUUGAAUUAUUCAAAGAUAGACCACUAUGGAAUAGUUUCAACUAAAAGGAUUUGCCUGUCAAAAUGUGGUAUAACAUGUGGUAUUAAAUGAGGUAUUUAAAUGUGGUAUUAAAAGACGUUUACAAAAUGACGAUAGGACGGUUUAUCUACAAGACAAAAUUUGAGUUUUGAGAAUUAUCAUAAAGGAUACCGGAAAUCAAGGAAAAUUAUAAAGUUUCAAUACCAUUUCAUUUGGAUACUUGAGUUGUGGUCCUUUGAAUUAUUCAAAGAUAGACCACUAUGGCAUGGAUCGACUAUACUUCCUGUGAGUCUGUAUCAAAUUUAUUUCAAAUAUAAAACUGGCAAUUUAGUCAUGUCCGAAUAUCAGUUAGUUAUAAAUUCUUGCAAAUAGUCAGUCUUUUAAGGACUACCAAAGAUGGAGUAAAGACAUUUGUUGGAAUCUGGAUCCGCUUGACCUAUCGAUAUCUAAUUACUUUUUAUGUAAAGUAUUGCAUGUUUUAGAUUUAAAAGACCGAUAUUCAUCAAUAUACAUGUAGUUUGUUGAGGUAAAUUAUCCAAUGCUUUAAAUUGUUUCCAUUAUUCUUAGUUGUUAUUGUUUCGUAAAACCGCGGCAAGCGCUUUAGUAAUUAUGACGUAAGCAGCAAAUUUGACGUCAUAGUUCUCAAUGACUGAAAAUAGAACGGUGGCACCCAUCGUACAACAUUUUUUGAAGGUUAUAGGAACUUAUAAAAUAAAUCAAGUUCGUAAAGUGUAUUUCCCAAGAUAACAUUUUGAAAUUUGACUGGUUCUGCUUGCCUUGGUUUAUGCGUAUUAAAUGUUUCAUGAUUUAAAGCUUGAUGAUUACUUUUUAUAGAUUGUUACAUAUUCAAUAAUUCCAUCGCAAAUAACAUGUAUAUGCCAACAUGUUUCUGAGAAUACAAUGACCAAUGCAAUAGACAAGUGCAAUGUCAUAAGAUUCAGUGUACAAAACGCUGUAUGAAAUUGAUUUGUUAUUUCAGUUUGUGUUGAAUUGUUUGUCUAUGAAUAUGUAGUCUUUCGACAUCUGUGCUUAUAUAUCAUAAACAAAAUCAUUGCUUAAUGAUUCCGUAGUCAAGUCCAUUGUCAAAACCGACAAAAAAGCAAAUACGUUAUCCAAUAAAGCAAAUCUGAACAUAAAAUUACUUAAGGUCGGUUCAUAUAAAUACUGAGGAUUUAUUCAAAAGUGUAUAUACAUGUCUUCUUUAUUCUGCAUUAAACAAGUGUAUUUAUACCGCACAAUAUUAUUAAUACCGCACAAUAUCAAACGGAAGAAAGCUAAUAAAGCUGCACUCUCAAAAAUUGAACGUUUUGAAAACUUUUUAAUUUUUUGUCUUCAAACGAGCAAAUUUUUGCGUAAAUAUCUGCAAACCAGGGAUAAAAGACUGAUGACAAAAGAUCAGAUCGCAGAGUUUCAUAUUUCCGCUCCAAAAUUGAUGUUUUAUGCAUUUUUCUUAAACCGUUAGUAACGGUUUAAGCCAUAAAACAUUAAUUUGGAAUGGAAAUAUUAAAAUCUGCGAUCUGAUCUUUUGUCAGCAGUAUUUCAUCUCUGAUUUGCAGAUAUUUACGCAAAAAUGUGCUAAUUCCAAGACAAAUAAAGGUGGAAAAACGGUGAAUCUGUGAGAGUGCAGCUUUAACCAUAAGGAAUUGCUAUUUUAAAUGUCUUGAAAUAAAAAUAUUCACAUAUGAUCCUUUA